UCAUCAUCCAGCAACCCAAGGAGUUCAUAGUUGUGCCCUCAAUCAGUUUUAAAGUAUACAUUUUGUCUUCCAAGAAUUGCUACAAAAUUCUCCUUUUCUCCAUAUUUUAGUGGUCCUCUGCUAUGAUACAAAAAACUGGACCUACAUGAACCUUGAAGACUUCUUUCAAACAAAGCAAAAGCUGAAAAAAGCAAAGUUUUCUGACAAUUUACACAUGCAACUCUUAUAAUUCCUCAGACAUGCUUAAAUUUUGGGCAUCUCAAGUAAAGCCAAACAGCAGCCUUUUCGAAUCCUAUAGAUUCAAACUCUCAGUUCUGUAAUAUUUGUUUGUUUGUUUGUGUGUCUUAUGUAAGAGUUUAGCUAGAUGUAAGUUAUGUCUUCUGUGGUGGUGACAACUUAUCAGAUGGGGAGUCUUAGUACACUGGAGCUUAUGUUGGAGGAACUUCAGCAAGAAGAGGAGAAUACAAAUGAUUUGCCACCACCUUUGCCUGUUAGGCCAGUCACAAAGACUAGGUUGCCUAAGGGGAGAAGGAAAUUGACACCUUUUGGUAAAGAAAAGAAUACUCUUGAAGAUAUUAGGGUUCAAGAAGAUGCAUUUGUUGAUCAAUGGAGUUCAGCAGAGAGGGAUUCUGCAGCCAUGCCAGAUAAGAUUUGUUUCAUGGUUGAUCUGAGAGAAGGAGAUGGACUCAGUGGAGUAGUGCGAAUUCAGAGAUGCUUUCGCGGUUAUCAAGCUCGCCGGUACUAUCAUGAGCUUAAAACUGGAGCAGUAGCUCUACAAUCAUUUCUCCGUGGUGAAAUUGAAAGAAAGUAUUAUCAGGGUAUCACGAGGAGGUUGGAAGCAAUUAUCGUUAUACAGAAACACGUAAAGGAGCAUCUUCAUAAAAGAACAGAACGAAAACGAACUGCAGCCAUACGUUUGCAAUCUGUUAUUCGAGGUUGGUUGACUCGAAAGCAGUUCAAUCUCUCGGGUAAAGGAAAACCAGCUUGUGGUCAUAACAUUAUAGGAAAAAAUGAGCUUGACAAGAAGGAACAAGAAACUAAGGUACCGCGUUCAGUUCUACUUAAUCUUCAGAGGCAUAUUCUGAGGACAGAGGCAGCUCUGGAGAGAAAGAAAGAGGAAAAUGCAGCUUUGAGGCUACAUAUUCAGCAUUAUGAGAAAAAGUGGAAUCAGUAUGAGUCAAAAAUGAAAGCUAUGGAGAAAAUGUGGCAAGAUCAGUUAACGUCAAUACAAAUAAGUCUGGCUGCAGAAAGGGAAAAAUACGACGACGAUAAAACUAAGGGAGAACUAAGACUAUUGAUACUUCAAGAUCAAGAGCAAGAUCAAGAUCGACAUGUAGAUAAUGGAUUCCCAAGAACUACAGCCCUUCGAAGGAGUGCAUUGAAUCUUCCCGUUGAGGUAGAUGAUACACAACCACAACCAAGUGGCAGACCAAAUUCCAAAAACCAUUGUAAUAAUAACCACCAUGUGAUGGAUAUGGUCAAUCAUUAUCAAAAUUUUGUCGUCCACGAUCAAUGUAAAUCAGGGGAGGAGGUUUCCACCCUCAGGCCUAAUGAUGAUCUCAAAAAACUAAAGGUUAGAUUUGAAGCAUGGAAAAAGGAUUACAAAAACAAAUUGCGGGAGGCAAAAGCAACAAUGAAGCAAUUUGGACACUCUGAAAGGGGUAAGGGGUCGAAGAUAUGGUGUGGAAGAUGAAAAGAUGAAAAAAGUUAUUGUAUUCUCAUCUAGGUUGCUCGGAUUCUACAAAAAUGUCGGGGGAUGUGUGUCGGAUCCUCCAACCGUAGUGCAUAUUUGGAGGAUCUGACAGGAGUGCGGCAACAUUAUUGGAGAGUCCGAACAAUAUGUCUUCUAAUUAUCAUCAUCUGCUUCGCUAAUUUAUUCUUCAUACUUCUUCUUUUUCCUUACGCGUUCAAGGAGGGAACGGAAGAUAUAUUUUGCUUUUUAUAUGUGUACUAGGGGAAGAUGGAGAUACAUGUACAAAACAAACAUAUAAAAUUGUCAUUGUCAUACAGCCAUUGAAGAAAUGCAGAUCUGCAUAUUCUCUUACAUGUCUUAAGUUGCACAAUGUGAUGUUGAUAUAAUGACCAUUACUAAAGG